CUUCCCGUCGGUUCGUCUGCUCUCCCGAUGCCGCCUUGGCGCGAGACGUUGGCGAGCAGAGUGUCUCCAAGAUGGCCGCUUGGGGAAGGAGGCGUCUUGGCCCGGGCAGCAGUGGCGGCAGCGCCCGAGAGAGGGUGAGCUUGUCGGCCACAGACUGCUACAUUGUGCAUGAGAUCUACAAUGGGGAGAACGCCCAAGACCAGUUUGAGUAUGAGCUGGAACAGGCCUUGGAAGCCCAGUACAAAUAUAUCGUGAUCGAGCCCACUCGCAUCGGUGACGAGACGGCCCGCUGGAUCACCGUGGGCAACUGCUUGCACAAGACGGCCGUGCUGGCGGGCACCGCCUGCCUCUUCACCCCGUUGGCGCUGCCCUUAGAUUAUUCCCACUACAUCUCCCUGCCUGCUGGCGUGCUGAGCCUGGCCUGCUGCACCCUCUAUGGGAUCUCGUGGCAGUUUGACCCUUGCUGCAAGUACCAAGUAGAGUACGACGCCUAUAAACUGUCACGCCUGCCUCUGCACACACUCACAUCUUCCACCCCGGUGGUGCUGGUCCGGAAGGACGACCUGCACAGAAAGAGACUGCACAACACGAUAGCACUGGCCGCCCUGGUGUACUGUGUAAAGAAGAUUUAUGAACUCUAUGCAGUAUGAUUUCAGUAGCACAGGGAGAGCAGAACCGCCUGGCCCACAAGAGACAACGGAGCAUUCAGAUCGCCACAGUCAUGUUGCUUACUCUGUGAGGCAGCAGAGCCUGGAACGUGUUUGGCUUAAUAUUUGUUAUUUUAAAAAAAAAUAACAGGUCACGGGUGUACCCAGGGUUUUUCAGCUCAUUACACUGAGAUGUGGAUUUCCAUAACCCAAAAGGAGGGUCUGAGGCUGUGAAAGUCUGAUUGGGCAGUGGAACGCUGAUGGAGGCAGACGCUGCUGAGGGGUGUGGACGUGCUUUGGGGGAGGUCUUUAAGUAUAUUGUUUAACUGUACCAUCCAGAGCCCACCAGAAGCUAUUGACCAUUAAAAUUAUGAGCAUUUCAA